AUGGAUCCCGACAGUAAACGCCGGGGCUAUUUCAACUACCCGGAGCCGAUCAAAGGCCCGGAUGUGCCCUACUUCAAUGGUCGAAAAUCCAAUCCCGCGCUUCGGGGCCCGAUCUUGGUCGUCUGCGCUUACAUCAUGGAAUGGCUCGGCUUUGUGCGCUAUUUUGUCUGGUUGAAUGCUGGCUUUGGCUCGCUCAGAAAGAUCUUUGCGGAUAUUCAAGACUACGAGCCCUUUUAUGAGCCAACUAUUGUGCCUUUGCCGGACCCGGGCGCGCCAGAAUGGACAAAAGAUAGCCGCCUUGACUUGACUUUGCCAGCAUCUCUUCCCGUCCCGGCCGCAGACAAGUACCCGUCUACAAGAUACUACACGGCGGAGGACUACCACAAUCUCUACCUCUCUGGAAAGCUGACUCCGACAGACGUGGCUCGGAGCCUGUUGCCACUGAUUCGCAAAAAGGAAAGUUCUGCCGGCGAGGAGCCUGGACCGCACCAGGUUGCCUUUUUCCAAUCGAGAGAGGAGCUCGUUCUCAAAGCUGCCGAAGCCUCCACGCUCCGGUACCGCAAGAAGAAGUCCCUCGGCCCUCUCGACGGCGUGCCGACCGCCGUCAAGAACGAGUACGAUAUGGACGGGUACAAAUCGUGCCUCGGUUCCGUCAACGACUACACGAGCGACCAAUUCGAAGACGGAAGUAUUGACUGUUGGUCGGUCCGCAAGUUAAAAGAGGCCGGCUGUGUCAUUAUUGGGUCUCUGCACAUGGUCGAGUUUGGGCUGGACACACCAGGUAACAACACCAACUACGGCACACCACCGAAUCCUUACAACCCCAAGUACUACACUGGCGGCAGUUCGUCUGGCUGUGGAUAUGCCGUAGCGUCCGGUCUCAUCCCCUUCGCUCUCGGCAGCGACGGCGGCGGAAGCAUCCGGAUUCCAGCCUCUUUCUGCUCCGUGUACGGUCUCAAGCCGACCCACGGUCGCCUAUCCUUCAAACCUGUCGUGCAUUCUUCUGCGACAUCUCAGCGCACUUUGGGCAUUCCUCGCGCAUGGUUCGAGCGUGCCGAUUCUGUUGUGCGCGAACUCUGUCUGAGCUACAUUGACCGCUUGGUCCGGGAGCACGGCUACGAGACAGUGGACAUUGAGAUCCCUUACCUUAUCGAGGGUCAAACAGCGCACGCCUUAACUGUGCUGACUGACGCUGCCGGCCUUUUGCCCGAGUACGGCAACUUGACCACGGCCAACCGAAUUCUCCUCGCGCUCGGCCGGACGACACCGUCCACGGACCACCUGCUUGCUCAAAAACUACGCCGCUUGCUUGUCAAUCACCUCUCCCACCUGUGGCACAAAUACCCUGGCAUGGUCAUCAUGACGCCGACGACAAGCUGCGCUGGCUGGCCAGUCCGAAACACCAACGAGAACCACUGGGGUAUUAGCGACGGCGACACGACAAUCCGCACCAUGGAGUACGUCUGGCUCGCCAACUUUUGCGGUCUUCCGUCGAUUAGCUUCCCGGCCGGCUAUGCUGUUCCGGAGGGCCAGCCAAAUGCGGGUACCAUCGCCGGCCCCGAUGUCGUGGGCAAGGUGCCGGUCGGUAUUAUGGCCACGAGUGAGUGGGCCACUGAGACAGACCUGCUGCGGCUCGGCUUGGAUGCCGAGGUCAUUUCAGCGGAACGCAAUGUACGGGCCCCUAACUGGGUGGACGUCAUUGGCACGGCGCAGAAAUCCAAGUCCAACGCCAGCGAGUGA